AUGGAGAGAGUCAAGAAUUCAAAGGUCGCUUACUGGGCGGAUAAGCUCGCCGUCGAGAGCGAGCCCAACCUCACAACUGCGCAGCUUAUGCUCUUCAACCACGAUUUGAAGCCAGUCGAACCGGAGCGUCGACAAUGGGGUGCUUGGAAUUUCGUAGGCUUCUGGGUUGCCGACUCUUUCAACAUCAACACAUGGAUGAUUUCUUCCGCAAACAUCGUUGACGGUCUGUCGUGGUGGCAAUCCUGGAUAUGCGUUUGGCUUGGCUACUCCAUCGCCGCCUGCUUUGUCUGCAUGACUGGUCGUAUCGGAGCGACCUACCAUAUCUCUUUUCCUGUCGUCAACCGCUCAUCCUUUGGUAUCUGGGGAGCAUUAUGGCCCGUCUUCAACCGCGCGGCCAUGGCUAGUAUCUGGUACGGCGUACAGGCAUGGAUUGGCGGUACCUGUGUACGCCUAAUGAUCCGCGCCAUCUGGAACAACUGGCGAGACUCCGAAGGCCCUGGUACAGGCGGCAUCGCCAACGGCAUUGCCGGCUCUGGCACCAGCACGGUCGCCUUUGUAUCUUUCUUCUUGUUCUGGGCUGGAUCGCUCCCUUUCAUCUCCCCACCAGUCCACAAGAUCCGCCACUUGUUCACGGUAAAGGCCUACGUUGUUCCUACCGCUGGAGUUGCCUUCUUCAUCUGGGCCAUCGUUCGUGCAAAGGGAUUGGGCCCGAUUGUUCAUCAGCAAGGCACGGCUAAGGGAUCUGAGCUUGGCUGGUUGAUGGUCCGUGGAAUCAUGAGCGCCAUUGCCAACUUUGCUACCUUGAUUGUUAACGACCCGGACUUUGCCCGUUUCGCAAAGAAGCCAUCGAACGCCUUCCUCCCGCAACUGCUAACGAUUCCUAUUGGAUUUGCAAUUACCUCAUUCAUCGGAAUCAUUGUGUCAUCAUCAUCGACUGUCAUCUUUGGCAGGGCUAUCUGGGAUCCUCUACAGCUGCUAGAGUCGUUCCUGAAUGAGGGUGGAUCAGCGCAGCGUUUUGGUGUAUUCUGCAUUGCCGCAGCCUUUGCCCUCGCUCAACUCGGCACAAACAUCGCAGCAAACUCCAUCAGUGCGGGAACUGACAUGACGGCGCUUGCACCCCGAUGGAUCAGCAUCAGACGAGGUGGUUACAUUUGCGCGCUCGUCGGCCUGGUGAUGUGCCCCUGGAACCUGCUCUCCGAUACCAACAACUUCACGACCUACCUCUCUGCCUACUCAGUCUUCCUCUCCUCCAUCGCGGGUGUUAUGAUCUGCGACUACUACAUCGUCCGAAAGGGCUACCUCCAGAUCAAGGAUCUCUACUCUGGAAAGAAAACUGGUCCAUACUACUACACCCUUGGAUUCCACUGGCGCGGUUACGCAGCCUACAUCGCCGGUAUCCUCAUCAACGUCGUCGGCUUUGCAGGUGCCAUUGGUCGUGACGUACCCGUUGGUGCGAAGCGUAUCUAUGACCUUAACUUCUUCGCUGGUUUCCUUGUCGCGAGCAUCACGUACUGGGCAUUAUGCAAAAUCAGUCCUAUUCCAGCGUGCAGUGACACUUGGCUGGAGGUCGGUGAUGAAAUUACGGAUAUCAGUGUCGCUUAUACUGAUGGUGAUGACCGGUACGAUGAAGAAGUCAUGCAUGGCGCAGACGCAAAAGGAAUCGAGGCGUCAAAGAACUUUUAG